AUGCGUCUCUUCGGUGGAAGAAGGGGUAAGUCCUUGCGCAAUAGAGCCAGGGAAUGGGCUGCAUUCCGAGAACGGUUGCAGGCGACUCAUGGUGAAUCCUGGCCUGGUGAUGUUGGGCGCAUUUUGCGUUACCUCGAGGAGAGGCAUGAGAUCAAGCCCAUUGGAAAAUCUGUGCCGAAGGCUCUGCUCGCCUCGAUUGCGUUGCUCGAGACGAUUGGACAAGUUGCCCCAGACACUAGAUUCAGCAGUGACCCUAUUUUAGUGGAAACUGUUCGUUCCUGGACGGCUGACUUGGAAGCUGCGACCCCUGGAGUCAAGCAGGCACCAUUAUAUACAAUCGCGAUCAUGCUAUCCAUGGAACUGCUUCUUUGCGCAACUUCUCAGGCGCUGGGGCUUCGUUUUGUCGCAUUUUGCGGGCUGCUCAUGACUUGGUCGACUUUGCGGGCUGAUGAUCUGCAACAUGUGGAGAUUAAAUCUGUUAGGACUAAGACGAGUGGACCUGGGCGCAAAGUUGGCGAACUGUUCGCUUAUAUUUCACGAUCUGCUGGCCUGAGCGGUUUUGACUGGCUAACGGAGGGC